CCAGAGAGUUUACGGACAAGCCACAUCGACAGGAGACCAGUACGCAGGCAUGUCUCGCCAAGCCAACCAACCAUCCACAACAACAGGUGCCAUGGCCGCAACAGCACUGAACGAGCGUCUGACGCUACAGAUCCCAUUCCCGUCAUCAAGACUGGCCAAAAUCGCAGCAGACGUGCUGGAUGUGGACAAGGAUCUGAAGCCAGAGGUCUCACAGCGUAUUAUCAGCACUCAGGAACACAUCUUGACCAUUGAUUUUCAAACGUCGACAUUGAAGCUGCUGAGGACAGUGGUUAACUCUUCACUGGAAAUGGUACAGAUGGUCGUCAAUACAAUGGGAUCGUUUGAUACAGAAGAACAGGAUGAGGCAUAGAGAUUGCUUUACCAGCUUUGUACAAUAUAUACGCAUACGAAUAAAGCAAUGGGCAUGAGGCCAAAUGCGAUAAAUACAUGCCGCAGGGUCUGUAAUUUAGCGGCCCCCUCCA